AUGUCUAAAAUGCACGUCUUGAUCUUAGUUGCUCAUCCAGAUCCAACACACAAAGCAACUGCAUUCCGCUUUGCUGACUCAGCAAAGGCAGCUCUUGAAGCAGCAGGCCAUGAGGUUAGAUAUGUUAACUUGAUUGAAGAAGGUUUUGAUGUCAAUGCUUCUGCUAAGGAUUUCAAGAAGGUCGAAACAGAUCCAUUCAACUACUCAAAUAAUCAGGGUAUUCCUGAUAAUCUCAUUGAUACAAUCAAAGUUCAGCAAGCAAACCUGUUAUGGUCAACACAUGUUCUCGUCUUUGCUCCACUUUGGUUUGGCCGUCUCCCGGCAUGCUUCUACUCCUUUACAGAGCGUGUAUUUUCAUUUGGUUUCAGCUAUGAUGGCGAGAAAGUAUUACAUCAAGGAGUCCUUGCUGGCCGCAAAGUUGCGAUCAUUGUUUCAACAGGUGUUGCCCCAAUGUUCUUUGAUGUAAAGAAAGGCAACAGUCUUGAUGCAUACUUAUGGUCUGCAAUGUAUGCUUUCAACUACGCUGGAUUCACAAUCCUUCGUUCUCUUGACGUUUACGGCGCAAAUUCUCCAAAGAGAAAAGCAAUGCAGCCAGAACUUCAAAAGAAGAUCAAUGAAAAACUCCUCAAGCUUGAUCAAUGGAAGACAAUUGAUGGAGAAAGGAUUUACUCCAAUUUUGCUUAUCUUGAAGAAGUCACACCAGAAAAUAUUCUUAAGGAGUGA